CGACAAGAGUAAAUCGCAGGCAACCAUCGGAACGAUACUACAGAUUUUCCUUGCUACGGGGUUUUGUGUUUGCCCUCCAAUGGCUGUUUCCCAAUUUUGAGUCUCACGUACUUGUCAAUCUUACCCUUCACUCGCUUUAUUCUUCCCUUCAUAAACCCUAGAAACACAACGAAUCAUCUUCUCAUCGCUUUUCCUAUCUAAAACACCUUAAUUUAGAUUCAAUCUCCUCACCAAAUCUCUAUUUUUAGCUCCAGAAUCUAUACCAAACACCUGCAGAUUGAUGCGCUACGUCUAAUUUUCUAAUCGAUUAAACAGCUGUUUAUACAGAAAGGGCUUGUCGAUUUUGAGGUUUAAGUUUGGAGAUUACGAACGCGUUAACAUGAAUAGUAAUCACAAGAAGAGGAAUUUUCAGAUAGAGGCGUUUAAGCACAAAGUUGUUGUUGAUCCAAAGUAUGCUGAUAAAACAUGGAGGUUACUCGAGCAUGCCAUAAAUGAGAUUUAUAAUCAUAAUGCCAGUGGACUUAGCUUCGAAGAGCUUUACAGAAACGCAUACAACAUGGUAUUACACAAAUUUGGGGAAAAACUCUACACAGGACUAGUAUCCACCAUGACUCACCACCUAACCUCCAUGUCAAAAUCCAUACAAGACACCCAUGGGGAAAUGUUCUUGGAAGAACUUAACAACAAAUGGACUGAUCACAACAAAGCCCUCCAAAUGAUUCGUGACAUAUUAAUGUACAUGGAUAGAACUUAUGUCCCCAGUAGCCAUAAAACCCCUGUCCAUGAACUCGGCCUGAAUCUAUGGCGGGAUAAUGUGAUCCACCUCACCGGGAUCCAAACCCGCCUUCAAACCACACUUCUUCAACUCAUACACACAGAAAGAACGGGUCAAAUUAUAAACCGUGGGCUCAUGAGAAACAUAGUCAAAAUGUUAACAGAUUUAGGACCUUCUGUUUACAAAUUGGAUCUAGAAACCCCGUUUCUUGAAGUAUCCGCGGGUUUUUACCGGGUCGAGAGUCAAGAAUUCAUCGAGUGUUGUGAAUGUGGGGAUUAUUUACAGAAAGCAGAAAGACGUUUAAAUGAAGAAAUCGAUCGAGUGUCACAUUAUUUGGAUUCAAAAACCGAAAUCAAGAUAAUGAAUGUAGUCGAAAAGGAAAUGAUCGCGAAUCACAUGACAAGAUUAGUUCACAUGGAGAAUUCGGGUUUGGUCAACAUGUUGGUCAACGACAAAUACGACGACUUAAAAAGAAUUUACACUUUGUUUCAUCGGGUCCCACAUGGUCUCGAUACAAUACGCGAACUGAUGACAUCGUAUCUUCGUGACAUCGGGAAAAACCUCGUGACUGAUCCCGAAAAGUUAAAAGAUCCGGUUGAAUUCGUGCAAAGUUUAUUAAAUGAAAAAGAUAAAUUCGAUAAAAUCAUCGGGUUUUCAUUCAACAAUGAUAAAACGUUCCAAAAUUCGUUGAAUUCUUCGUUUGAAUUUUUUAUAAAUUUGAACCCGAGAUCACCCGAAUUUAUUUCGUUGUUUGUGGAUGAUAAGUUGAGAAAAGGGUUGAAGGGAGUUAGUGAAGAAGAUGUAGAGAUUCUUCUCGAUAAAGUAAUGAUGUUAUUUCGUUAUUUACAUGAAAAAGAUUUAUUCGAAAAAUAUUACAAACAACAUUUAGCAAAAAGACUUUUAUCAGGAAAAGAUUCAUCCGAUGAUGCUGAAAAAAGUUUAGUUUUAAAGCUUAAAACCGAAUGCGGAUACCAAUUCACUUCAAAACUAGAAGGAAUGUUCACCGACAUGAAAACCUCACAAGACACGGUUCAAGGUUUCUACGCGACCCACGGGUCGGACUUACCCACGGGUCCGAUCUUAACGGUUCAAGUCCUGACCACGGGUUCAUGGCCGAGUCAACCGGGAGCAAGUUGCAACCUCCCGAGUGAACUCACGUCCAUUUGCGAGAAAUUCAAGUCGUACUACCUCGGGACCCACACGGGGCGCCGUCUGACGUGGCAAACAAACAUGGGGACCGCGGAUCUCAAAGCGAACUUCAGUAAAAGUCAAAAACACGAGUUGACCGUAUCGACAUACCAAAUGUGUGUGUUGAUGUUGUUCAAUAAGUCAGAGCGGUUGAGUUACAAGGAGGUGGAGCAAAUGACGGAAAUACCCUCGGUGGAUUUGAAACGGUGUUUGCAGUCGAUGGCGUGUGUGAAGGGUAAAAACGUAAUUCGGAAGGAGCCGAUGAGUAAGGAGAUUUUGGAAGAUGAUGUGUUUUUUGUGAACGAGAAGUUUGCGAGUAAGUUUUAUAAAGUGAAGAUUGGGACGGUGGUGGCGGUGAAGGAGGAGCCGGAGAAAAUGGAGACGCGGCAGAGGGUGGAGGAGGACCGGAAACCGCAAAUAGAGGCGGCGAUUGUGAGGAUCAUGAAAGCGAGAAGGGUUUUGGAUCAUAAUAAUAUGAUUGCUGAAGUGAUUCAGCAGUUGCAAUCGAGGUUUUUGGCGAAUCCUGGAGAGAUUAAGAAGCGGAUUGAGUCGCUUAUUGAAAGGGAUUUUUUGGAGAGAGAUGCUUCGGAUAGGAAGUUAUAUCAGUAUCUUGCUUGA